AUGGCGCCCCUUUUGCCGCUGCAAUUGGCCAAUCUGCUGAAAUUUGCUGCGCCCCUGACUUGCAACGCCGACCCUGCACGGCUCUCCCAAGCGCCCCAACAUCCCGCUGACUCCCACGGUCCAUCAUCCCCAUCGUCUCUUGGUCCGUUCCGAAACGCUCUUUCAGAUGCCCCGCUAGGGGCCGACUCCCAUCGCACCCUUUCUAAUCUCCCGUAUUCCUAUGGCGGCACACGGCGCCUAAACGGUCGCCAUGCUGCCCGGCCGUCGGCUUGCUGGCCUCGGCGAGCUCCUAUCGACGAGCGACGCGGCCUCGCCGCCAUCGAUUGGUCCAGCUCGUGUCUCGCCCCCGUCUCAGAGGAGGAUACGACGUCAGCGACCUGCUCAGUCCAAAGGUCGAGCCACAGCGUCCAAGCUUCAGAUCCUCAUGCGCAGAAUGGCGUCAAACCAGUGGGCGAGAAGGGUGAGGCGCGGCCUUGGUUGCAGAUCUUGAAUCACCGCCCGACCUCAACACAUCCAUACGAGCAUUCACUCAUAGCUCUAUCUGGUCCAUCUCGACCAGCCACCUCAAUUUUGACUCUGCACGCUGCCCAACUCGUCCCCUCAUCACGCCGCCUCACAUCUACCGCCUCCAUGCGGUCUUGUAACCAGCACGGCGGUUCGGCCGCCUCCGUGGAAAGUUUCGGCCUUCUUCCCCAUGCCGCCUCACCUCCGAUGGCUUCAAAAGCAAAAAUUGGGCUGCAACGCAAUGCUCAGAGCCGGUGCGGCAUCGGGUUCAUUUGGCAGCCACGCCUGAACGAUUUCAGAGCACUGAGUGCAGAUGAUGUCGGUACUAGGUUUUGGGCUGUAUCGACCCUCGUAUUCACCUCGCUUGGAGGUUUCCUCGACUUCAUAACUGGCCUGAUAUUACCCGAAACACUUCGCCUUCCCGAGCCCCAAACUACCGACAUGUUCAACGUCUAUUAUCCAAAAGAAAGUCGUCGUCGGACUCGCCGAAUGCCCCGAAGCCUCAGAUAUUGCGCCUGCGAUGCAGGCUGCCAAAGCUGGAUGGGAUCCCAGUCGUGCCUGCAGCGUCACCGGCAGGUUCCACGACAUUCAAAUCCCUCAUUCUUUGCUGCAUCACAUGAUCUGCCUUACCAUGCAAAAAUAUUCCAAGUACCAGAGCACAAGGACGCAAGCCGGCUAAAAAAGGUUUCGAUUGCUCACCGCAUUAAUCAAAUAAGGUUACAUCUUCCGCUGACCUGCAUUCCCCUCUCUUCCUCCCGUUCCCCGGUCUAUCAUCGUCUGUGUCCCGCACUCGCCGGGAGUCCACAUCACCCACCGGCACCUGUCUCCUGCUCGCACGCGAUUAAAACUCUUGUUGGGUCGAAUGCCUGUCGGAAAGUUUCAGAAAAUCAGUGCUAUUUUAGGCGCGAGCAGUUUUCUCGUGCCAGCUCGCACUCGUAUCAGGAUUCCAAAGUCGCGAACUUGGAGAAGAUGACGCGCAUCAUCGUCGCCUCGAAAGACGAUUUUCCUGUGCCCGCAUCUCCUAUUAUGAUUUCUCAUUGGCAGUGGAACGGCCCAUCUGACACAACCGUGUCCCAAGCGGAGACUAAAAUGCGAUUGAUAAUCACUCAUUUCGAUGUUGCCUUCCUUUCUUAUGCGGCUUUACUCUGCGUCUCCGCGCUCCCGAUUAGGUAUCCACACCGUCAUGCCUUGUUUUUCCGACAGCUCGGGGAGCAAAAGGCAAGCUGUUAUUCUGACAUGAAAUUAUACUACUCCUCGAUCGCAAUACUAAUGGGAGUAUGCCCGCUUCACCUCAACAGCAGGAAAAGCCUUAAACAUAAAAGAGAACGUAUUUGCCUUAUCGAUUGUUUGGCCUCGGACCCUACAUUACCGUGCCUCAUGCGCACGCAAGAGCUAGAGCGGUCCGAAACACCCAGAACGAUGAACGAUGGGUUGCUUACUACGAUAGCACCGAGUUGGACCUCUUUUAUACCCCACGGGCCAUCAAUAAUCCAGCAUGCUUCCUUAGCAGGCUUAAGACGCCACUCACCCUCAGGCUUUGAUGAAGUAUUUGGGAAUGCAUGCAACUCAGCGUAUAUCAUAUUGGCUAAUAUAGAAAAACCCCUUGUAACUCUACUCUCGUCGGACCCUCUUCUUGGCUUAGCAGUGAAUUUUCAAGCUAGUACUGCUUUACUCAGUGUCCUUCAUGUUCUCUUGGCCAAAAAGAAGCCAACCUCAUCAACCAGGGGGGCACGACCCAUGCCUCCGCAGCUGGGCAAGCUGGAACUUGAACUCCCGAGCGUAGCACUGACUCAUUCCUGGCCAUCUCAAAAUAAAAUUCAGUUGAGGCUAUUGUUUACCUCUAGCGAUGAGAAACACCGGCGCUGCAUGACGCGCGCGAAAAUACACUCUUCACUGGAUAGAUCCCAGAGUGCCAGCCCGAGAUUCCUGACCUGCCUGCCGCGCGACCUCGAGUCCUCAGCCUCCACCAAAACCAAUAGCCAACGCUUUGGCACCAUCGAGCUUAAGUACUUCUCCUCACUCUGUUCGCCGCGCCGUAGAAUGGAGCUGAACAUCAUAUCUAAGAAAAUGUCAGCUCUUUUAGCCGUAUAUCAUCUUUGUUUCAUAACACGAGGAGAAAUAGAAACAAUUUGA